AUGCCACUCAAUAAUGUGGCUACAAUGCAUUUUGAAGCUGGACACUAUGAUGUAGCUACAAGCGAAUUUUUACAACUACUUAAAUUACGUGAGACUUAUCUUUCGACCGAUGAUCCAAUGCUAAUUUGUACCUACAAUAAUCUAGCCAUUUGCUUACUAAUGAAAGGUGAUAUGAAGGGGGCUGUUGACAAGGCAGAAAAAGCACUUACUCUGUGUAAAAAACAUCUACCUGAGAAUGAUCCGACGCGCGCUUCAGUUGAAGGCAAUUUAGGUGAUGUUUACUACCAGUUAGGUCGACAAAAAGAAGGUAUUUUUCAUUGUGAAAACGCUCUUACUAUUCAGAAACGAUGCAUGCCUUCUGGUCAUCGUUUCCUCAUCACCGCUCAUCGCAAUUUAGGAAAUAAAUAUACUGCUAUGGGAAAUUACGGUGAAGCUCUUGCUCAUCUAGAAAGUGCGCUCACAAUCGAGCAACAUCAAGCCAAUGUGGAUCCACUCUCGCUAGCCUCAACAUUUAAUGGUAUUGGAUGUGUAUUAAGUGGACAAGGUCGAAAAGAUGAAGCUUUGUCUUAUUUUCAGCGAGUUCUUCAGCUUAUUCCUGAAAAUCAUCCUCAACGUAUUAGUGCUUUACAGCGGCUCGAUCACAAUGAUGAUUUAAUAUUAACGGAUAACUCAUCUCUUGGUAUGAUUAGUUCUAAUAUGAUUCAGAGUGAAAAUAUGAAUGAUAAUGAUACUUUAAUGUCAUUCAAUGAUUUAAUAACUGAUGCUAUUAGUCCUGAUACAAGUUAUAAAAAUAUAAUUGAUAAUGAAGCAUGUUGUUUAUCGACCUAUAUACCGAUUAAUCGUCCAGCUUGUAUUAAAAUAUCAUUACCAGGUGUUCAAUUUAUAACAGAUCGAGAAUUAGAAUUUGUUGAUCAACAGCGAUCAUUAUUAAAUGAUAAUGUUUGGUUACCAGAUGGUGCUGCUGGUAAAUUAAAACUAAGUUCAACAUGGUUUACAGCAGCAAUAGCAACCUGGCUUCGUGCUGUAUAUUCGGAAAAAAAUAUGGAUUGUUAUGUAUUAUUUGUGCACAAGAAGCCAAGUGUAACUCAAGAUUAA